AUGCGCGUGCCGCGAGCAAUACUGGAGCUCGCAGGCGUCGGCAUGGCGUCGGUGGAGCACCCGCGGGACCCCGCGAGAGGGCGCGUCGCCGCGAUCGCCCUGCCCCACCGCAGCGGCGGCCAGCUCGUGGACGUGCGGUACUACACACUCGACAGCCACGGGCAGCUGCAGGACACGUGGCUGGCGCACGGCGUCGGCCACCUGUACGCGCUCACGCCCGAUGCCCUGGCUGCGUCAGGGGACGUGGUCAUUGUUGGCAGUGAGCUUGCUGUUCUCACGCUCGCCGCCGCGGGCGUGCCCGCCGCGCUCGCGCGGCUGGGCAGCUGGCGGGAGGGGACAGUCGCGUAUCAGGACGCGCGGGCGCGCGCGCAGCCGCUGAGGGAUCACAUCGGCGGCCUGCGGAAGGAGAUGGAGGCUAGAGAGGCGGCGGAGGACGAGGCGGCGGCGAAGGGCGGCAGCAACAGCCUCGCGGCCGCGCUCGGCUUGACGGCGGCCGCCGGCGCCCGCGCGGGCAGCCCCGCGCCGGCGCCGGCGGCGCGAAGGCGGUCUCCGCGGCGGCCGCGGCGCGGCGCGAGCGCCGUGGCGGCGGCGCCGGGGAUGGCGCUGCUGCUGCCCAAUGCGGACAGCGCCGUGCUGGCGUUUGACGACACGCCCGCGGAGCAGCAGCUGGCCGCUGAGCUGGCGGGCCUGCUGGGCGCCGCGCGCUGCCGCGGCGUCAGCUGGCCGCGGGGGUGGGAGCAGCAUGCAGAGGCGCCGCCGGCGGAGGCGCUGCUGCAGGGGGACGGCGCGAGGCGCGGCGUGCUCGACGUGUACCAGCUUGAUGGCCCUGAUGUGCUGAUGACCUACCUGAAGCGCGCAUACACGUGGCCCGUGGAGGGCAUUGAGAG